AUGGCCAGGGAGAACUCAACCAAUAUCUCCGUCUCGAAUCAAUCAAUCAAUUUUCUUGAAAUUGUUUACGGUUCGAUUAAAGAUAUUAUCCAAGCUAGUGAACAGGAUGUGUUCAUCAUCAAUGAUGCGGAAAAAAUCGAAUCAAAGCAAGAAGAACGGACGGCAAAUGUGCAUCGACUCGAUUCGUUGAAUUUACUUAUCUUUACAACACUUCUCGUCGUUGUUGUCUUAACGAUUUGGAUCUUCAAACGAAGAAACUUUCGUUAUAUCCACGAAACAUGCUUGGCAUUGAUCUAUGGUUUUAUCAUUGGUGCUAUUCUACAUCAUACCGGCACCACGAACACCAAGUCAAGUGUAUUGAAAAUGAAUGAUACAACUUUUCCGAAGAAUCCCGUGCCGAAUUGGGUCUCUUUCGAAGAUCAGAAUAUGUCAGCGAUCUAUUUGUAUGCUUUUCAAGGGCCAUAUCAAAAAGAUACGGUGCAUUUAGAAGAGCAGAAAGCAAUGUUCAAUUCGGAGAUCUUUUUUAACAUAAUUUUACCACCGAUUAUUUUCCAUGCGGGUUAUAGUAUGAAACGCAAAAACUUUUUUCGCAAUUUGGGAGCUAUUUUAAUGUUUGCAUUGGUCGGAACAACGAUCGCUUGCUUAUCGACAGGAAUAAUGGUCUAUGGCUCAGUUCGUGCAUUUAGCAGUUUGCGUAGCUUCUUUUCUUUUACCGAUUCACUUUAUUUCGGUGCUAUCAUCUCAGCGACGGAUCCAGUAACGGUUUUGGCGAUAUUUAAUGAUUUACAUGUUGAUGUAGACCUUUAUGCAAUUAUCUUUGGUGAAAGUAUACUAAAUGAUGCCGUGUGUAUAGUAUUAGCCAAUUCAAUUGAAAAGUAUGUUGCUGGUGCAAUACUCGAUCAAUUUGAUCGGGCAUUAAUGUUGAAGUCAUUGGGUAACUUUUUUGUUGUCUUUCUCGGAUCGUUCGGUAUUGGAUCUGGCAUGGGAUGUCUGACCGCAUUAAUGACGAAAUUUACUUAUAUUCGAGAUUUUCCACUUCUUGAAACAACACUUUUUGUGCUCAUGUCGUAUAGUACUUUUCUGGCUUCGGAAGCUGCAGGAUUAACAGGUAUCGUUGCCGUGCUCUUCUGUGGUAUAUUUCAAGCUCAUUAUACGUAUAAUAAUCUCUCAAUCGAAUCGAAACAACGAACACGUGAUCUAUUUGAAUUAUUUAAUUUUCUCGCGGAAAAUUUCAUCUUUAUUUACAUUGGAAUCACGUUAUUCACAUUUCCUAGUCAGCAAUGGGAUAUUCGAUUCAUCAUUCUCUCAAUUAUGGCCAUUGCUUUGGCUCGAACAUUGUGCAUAGUUCUUCUUUCGUUCAUACUGAAUUUGGCUCGAAAAAAUCCAAUUAGUUGGCAAUGGCAGAUGAUGUUAAUCUUUUCUGGUCUGCGUGGUGCUUUCGCAUUUGCAUUAGCCAUUCGAAAUGUCUCAACACACGCGCGUUCACUUAUGUACACAACAACAUCCGUCAUCGUUAUCAUCACGGUCAUAUUCAAUGGCACCUUGGUCGCACCUGUCAUGAAAUUAUUGAAAAUUCGAACAAAUGUUCGUGAAGAAGCAGAACCAAAUUCAUCAAUUCAUCGAUAUCGAAUGAUGGAAAAUAGCAAUAAUAAUCGCGAUCGUCGCACAUCAGACGAGGUUGCGUUGUUAAACAACGAUGAAAAUGAUGAUAAUGACACAACAAUUACCAUUGAUGCACGACACGAUUCAUCAAAAUAUUCCAAGGAUGAACGAAAACAAGAAUCCAAAACAUGGUUAUUGAAAAAAUGGUCACAUUUUGAUAAAAUUUUCAUGAAACCUCUUCUUACACACAGUUCUCCACCAUUAACAGCGACAUUACCUGUAUGUCUGUUGCCAAUUACGAGACUUUUAACUACAAAAGAACAGCGAACACUGCAUCGAAAUGAUAAUUUUUCGCCAAAUAUAACUUCCUCGAUCAUUAGUAGUGAUGAUUCCAUAUUAAAUAAUCAUCAGGGAGUUCCAACACUUGAAUUGAUCGAUAUUGAUAAUGUUGAUUUAUAUUCCCGAUCGAAUACAUUGAUUGACGAAUCGAUGAGUGUGAAUCUUCAGACGGAUAAGAAUGGCGAUGUCACUGCUCGUUUUACCGCAUCAUCAUCAUCGUCACCAGCUGCUCAACUAUUAUAA